UCGCCCUCUCUUCCUUCUCUGUCUCUCUCUAAUUCUCAAUCAUCCUCAAUCAGUAGCGCCAUAGUUCGCCUCCGUAUCAAACGGUAGACUCGGCAUUGGUUUAGUUACUUUUAACAGGAUAAUGUCAAGAUGUGUCUUUGUCGCGUGACUGUGCGCGACGUCGCAGACGAUAUAAGAAGGAAAACAAUCUAUGGUAUGAGGUGGCAAACGAUUGAAGCGUAAGGAGAAGCGAUUAUGAAAUAGAAACGGAAUAUGAGGAAGCGGGAAACAGAUAUGUGAAGGAAACGCGAUGUAUGAAAAUAAGUGUAAACCGAUUAAAGUAUAAAAGAAUCGUGAUUUACCAGAAGCAGACAAUCGAAGAAAAAGAUCGAAAGAGCAAAAGAUGAAUAAAAGCGAAUGAUAUGAAGAAGACGAUCGAUUGCGAAACGAAUCGAAUGAUGUUCAAUUGACGAAGACUGUGCAGCGCUAGGAAUGGCCCCUUUCAGUUCCGUCUUCCUGGGUAUCUGGGGAGUAUUUGUUGUCAUUUUGAUAAAAGAAUCGACACCCGUUAGUUGGGAAGAAUGGUGGACGUACGAUGGUAUUUCUGGUCCUGCCUUCUGGGGUCUUAUUAACCCAGAAUGGUGGCUCUGUAACAAAGGUCGAAGACAAUCACCGGUUAAUCUCGAGCCUACUCAACUGCUUUUCGACCCAAAUUUACAACCACUUCAUCUAGACAAGCACAGAAUCAACGGUGUAUUGGCAAAUACUGGCCAUAGCGUUGUGUUCGCCGUGGAGAAUGAUACUCGUCAUCCCGUCAACAUUUCCGGUGGUCCGCUCAGUUAUCGUUAUCAGUUUCACGAGAUUCAUCUGCACUUCGGCGCGGACGAUCGUAUCGGCAGCGAGCACACCGUCGACGGGCAUGCAUUCCCUGCCGAGCUCCAGAUAUUUGGCUUCAACUCGCAGCUGUACAACAACUUUUCGGAUGCCCUGCAUAGAGCGCAGGGGAUCGUGGCAGUAUCACUUCUUUUACAGGUGGGCGAUCUCUCAAAUCCAGAGCUGAGAACAUUCACGCAGCAGCUGGAUAAAAUCAAAUAUGGAGGGCAGGCCAUGGAAAUUAAACGUUUCGGGGUGCGCGAACUUCUGCCGGACACGAAGCACUACAUGACGUACGACGGCUCCACUACGAUGCCGGCGUGUCACGAGACCACCACAUGGAUCAUCCUCAACAAGCCUAUAUACAUUACCAAGCAGCAGCUACAUGCCCUGAGACAAUUGAUGCAAGGAGACGAAAAGCAACCAAAUGCGCCACUUGCGAAUAACUUUAGACCACCGCAACCUUUACAUCAUCGUCCUGUUCGGACUAACAUUGAUUUUAACGUUCAGGGUCCGAAAAAUUGUCCGACGAUGAACAGGGACAUAUAUUACAAAGCCAAUAGCUGGAAAUAAUACCUAGCACUACCAUGAGGUCGAUAUUCGCAGUAACUACGCUUUUUCCCGGAAUGAGCUGGAAUUUCGCUGUAAGAAAAAAUUGACAUAUCAAUUACAGGCGGGUGACGCCGGGUCACAAAAAAAAUUACGGCAAAUUAGAAUGCGCGAAGAAAACGACCGACGAUGCCCACGUUGAAAUCAAGAUUUAAAAAAAAAAUGCUUCGUUGUACUUAUUAGACGUGAAUUGCCAAGUAUGUUUCCAAUUAAACCAGAA